CUUUUCAUCGAAGAACGCCUUCGGUUAGGGAUGCUCUCAUUCCGCCUUCAAAAUGUUCUUCAUGGACAAAACUAUACAAAUUAUCAAGUUGUGGAAGGCAGCGGCUCGGACUCGGAUGACGAGGAUUAUGACGAAGGAUCUGGACUCUCGAUUGUAUCUUUGUACUCCACCGAAUCUACAGACCAAGCAUUAGAAGUACAACCACAUACCUCAACAUCACGACAGUUUACUUCAUAUUCUAUGUCUCUACUCAUUAUACUGCUGUACUUGACACGAUUUUUGUGA